UUACUCUUACUUUGGCACGCUCACCGGACAGAGAUUCUGAUCUCAGCAGGCUUCCUUGUUGCCAUUGUGCGACUGACAUUGCAUUGGAGAAGCACGAAGACCAAGGCCAUCUUGACACCGCCGCUCGGGUCUCCUGUCACCGAGAAGCCCAUACGAUUUCCUGAAGUCGUUCAAGAGAAGACAGUACCCACAGCACAGCCUGUCAAGACGAAUGGACCUCGUCGAGUGAAAGGUGUGAAGAAGGUCAAGAAGCAAGAGCAAGCAAAGGAUGAACGACCUCCCAUCGACAAGAUACAGCCCUACAUCUUCUACUUUACCCUUGGAGGCUCGACGAAAGCAUACGCCGAAAAGCUUGCCGAGUCUUUUAUCCUUCCCGACGCCAAAGACCGCGUCCUACCACCACAGGUACACGACUUGACCGACAUCGACUACGACGACUUCUUCAUUUCACCACCCAAGUAUGACAGUCCAGGCACUGCCGCUUUCUACACGAUCCUCAUUCCAUCUUACAACAUCGACACCGAACUACACAACUUCCUCUCCCAUCUCCAAGAAACACAUCAUGACUUCCGGAUUGAUACCGCUCCUUUGCAGACACUGGCUGGAUACAGUGUCUUUGGUUUCGGCGAUAUGCAAGAGUGGCCUACAGAACAAGAAGGAUACUGUGUGCAGGCGAUUGAGGUGGACAAAUGGAUGGCAAAGCUGACAGGGAAGAAGAGAGCAUAUCCAUUGGGCAUGGGAGAUGUCAAGGACGAUGUCGAGUUGAGGUUGGAAGAAUGGCGGAGAGGAGUGCAAACGAUUGUCGAUGAUCUCAGUCAAGGAAAAGGAUUGGGGGAGGGUGUCCCUGGAAGUGGUGAUCCGAUCGAGAGUGAAGACGAGGCCGACGAAGACUACGACGAUGGAGAGACAUUGAUCACGAUCACGGCCGACCUCGAAGACAUCCGAGCACCUAUUCCUGUCGAUUUCACCACCUCCAAGAAAUCAACAUCUACCACUACCGGCCCUCCGAAAGAAAUGGUCCCAGUGAACUCUCCGACCUUCAACUCCCUCACCAAACAAGGCUACUCCAUAAUCGGCACCCACUCGGGGGUCAAGAUCUGCCGCUGGACCAAAUCCGCCCUCCGCGGCCGCGGCUCCUGCUACAAAUACUCUUUCUACGGCAUCGCCUCCCACCGCUGCAUGGAAGCCACGCCCUCCCUCUCCUGCUCCAACAAAUGCGUCUUCUGCUGGCGCCACGGCUCCAACCCUGUCGGCACAACAUGGCGCUGGCAAGUUGACCCACCCGAGCAAAUCUUCGAAGGCAUACUCGCAGCCCACUACAAGAAGAUCAAGUCCCUCCGCGGCGUACCCGGCGUGCGAUCUGAACGGUUCGCCGAAGCCAUGCGUGUCCGCCAUUGCGCUCUGAGUCUCGUCGGCGAACCAAUCUUCUACCCACACAUCAACCAACUCUUGGCUAUGCUCCACGCACAACACAUUUCCUCCUUUCUCGUCUGCAAUGCGCAGCAUCCCGCCCAUCUUGCGGCUUUAGGACCCGUCACCCAACUCUACGUCUCCAUCGACGCUUCCAACCGCGACUCGUUGCGGAAAAUCGACCGUCCUUUACAUCGAGACUUCUGGGAACGGUUCUGCGAUUGCAUGGACAUCCUCCGCCAGAAGCGCUACUCCCACCGUACCGUCUUUCGCCUUACGCUCGUCAAGGGCUUCAACAUCGCCGACGAAGUCGCAGGAUACGCGGAUCUUGUGCAACGUGCACGACCGGGAUUCAUCGAAGUCAAAGGCGUGACCUAUUGCGGGACGUCCACUUCCGCAGGUGCGGGCCUAAGCAUGGCCAACGUCCCGUUCUGGGAAGAGGUACAAGAAUUUGUGCUCGCGUUGGCAGCGGAGUUGAAGACGAGAGGUGUGCAGAAUGAUGGCAUGGAGUAUGGACUGGCUGCAGAACAUCAGCAUAGUUGUUGUGUGUUGUUGGCGGAUAAGGAGAGGUUCUACCGGGAAAAUGCUGCUGGUGAAGGGAAGUGGCAUACUCUGAUCGACUAUGAGAAGUUCUUCAAGCUGGUGGAAAUGGGUGGCGAGUUCAAGGCAGAAGAUUACGUGAGUGCGGAGCCGACAGCGGAUUGGGCAGGCUGGGGUAGGGGUGGGUUUGAUCCGAGGGAUGUGAGGGUUGAUCGGAAGGGCAGA